CGGUUUGUUCGGUUGGGCGCGUUAAUCCUGUUCCUGGCAUUCGGUUAAAAACUUCCACCCGUAGAACAAAGCCAGUGGAGGCGCGGCACUGGUAGCAUUUGACAGUUUGGUCGUCGGACGACAGGAGCAGUCAUAAGUCCUGAGUUUCGCGGACACGUGAUGGCGAUGCUUCGUCGCGUAUCGCUUAAGUCGAAGCCCAAGGUGUCCGAGGUGCUUACAGCCUAUCUGAAGCAGUGCAACGAACCACCGUGGACCUCUUACUUCAUCAAGCAACGCGACGUGGUGAACGAUCAGUUCGGCCGAUCCCAUUUCAACUGGACGCUGGACACGGGCACCAACUAUCACAUUCUGCGGACCGGGUGCUACCCGUACAUGAAGUAUCACUGUACUCGCCGGCCGCCGCAGGACCUGUGGCUCGAGGAUCGAUUCUUUCGAUACAUCAAGUUGGCGAACCUGGGGCUGCCGCAACUGUUUUACGGGCUGGCCGCCGUCUUCCUGAUUCGCCACACCGAGUUCGUCGAGAUGGGCUGCCAGGGCCGAGUGCCCAUCUACUUUUUGUACGCCGAGGACAAGGGAUCACAGUACUGAGUUGGUCGAAUUGAACCGGACAGUAGAACGCACGCAAACAAUUUCGUAGAUCAAUAAACCAAACAACAAGUGAAAAGAGUAAGACAGGA